GCCAGGCCAGAUUCAAUCCCGCGCUUUCCAACUUUCUCAUACCCCUCUCCAACUCCACCUUCUUCACCCCCCCCUCCUUCCCACCUCUAAUACCCCCCCAAAAGCCUCUGUUUCGUCAAAAUGGGUGUCACCUUCGACAAGUGCGAGACCCGCCCGGCCAACAUCGAUGCCAUCCUCAACGGCCUCGACAGAUACAACCCGGAGACGACCACGGUAUUCCAGGACUACGUCGCCCAGCAGUGCGAGGACCGCACUUUCGAUUGCUAUGCCAACCUGGCCCUGCUGAAGCUCUACCAGUUCAACCCUCACCUUCUCCAGCCCGAGACUGUCACCAACAUCCUCGUCAAGGCUCUCACCGUCUUCCCUUCUCCCGCUUUCUCCCUCUGCCUUGCUCUGCUCCCCGCCCACACUCAGCCCUUCCAGUCCUCCAACCCCGAAGCCCAAGCCGCCGCCCAGACCUCCGACUUCGUUGAGUCCGUCCAGAAGCUCGCCCGUCUGUCUACCCUCCUGGAGUCUGCCCAGUACGCCCAGUUCUGGUCCACCCUGAACUCCGACGACCUGUACGCCGAUCUGGUCGCCGACGUCGCCGGAUUCGAGGAGCUUGUCCGCAUCCGCAUCGCCGUCGAGGUCGGUAAGGCCUUCCGUGAGGUCAACGCCGAGGUUCUGGAGCAGUGGCUCGACCUCCGCAGCCGUGAGGCCCUCGAGAAGUUCGUCGCCGAGGUCUGCAGCUGGGAGGUCGACGGUGCCGUCAUCAAGGUGCCCACCAACAAGGAGAACGAGGCCCGCAGCGAGGUCAAGAGCGAGCGUGUGGGUGUGGAUAUGUUCGGUCGUGUCAUCCGCAGAGGUUUCGAGCAGGCCGCAUGAGCGGAAAGUCCUCAAAUAUAAUUAUUUCGAGGAUUUGCAUCGGAUUUUCCCCCUUUCGAACCAACCAAAAUCGCAACCUUGACGUCUUAUUCGAAUCUCGUUUCUCUCCUGGACCGCUUCUUCCACCCUUCACAUUCUUGCUAAUACUUUUUUUUUUUACUUACGUUUCUCCUUGUGCCUUGAGGUUGAUCCGGGGCUCUCGAUCUAGCCCCGUUGAUCCUUUUCAACGUCUCAUUUCUUCUCCCACUCUUCCUCUGUUCCAUCUGUGAAAGGUGUACCGAGAGGAAAGAAGGAAGAAGGAAAA